UGCCGCCGCGCAUUUCAGACGAUAUAGACGACUAUCGCCCGUCGUAACUCCAACGGGGUCAAUGACAUCGAUAUCGAUUAUGUUACGGUUUUAAUUGAUUAAAAUAUAAUCGAUCAUCACACGAGAUUUUAAGGUGAAGCCGGAUUAGUGUUUUGAUGCAGGAAUGAACGCGAAAUGUGCUAGAAACAAAACUUGUUUGUGUUUGAUGAAAAUGAGCUCAAAAAUGCUGAUGAGACUGUUGACGGUGAUGGUGGUGGCGUCUCUCGUUCCUGCGAUCCAAGCGAGGGCGCGGAGAUACUCGAGAAUGCAACCUAAUGCUUUAUCAAAGACAAGAUGCGAUCUGAUGUGCUUUGACAGGGAUAAGGAAACUAAAGGAACGUGCCGUUCCCAAUGUCGGAACCAAGAGCACAAGCCGGGAACGUGCCCCGUUUCCGACACGCCGAAAUGGGAAGCCGCAUGCGUGCAGGCCUGCAACUCCGACUCCCAAUGCGACGGCACACAGAGGUGCUGUCACCACGGAUGCGGAUCUACUUGCAGUGAACCUUUAGACUUGUUGACUUUACCAGGUCUUCCAGCCGUUCCUACAAUGGAAGAACCAAAGGAGAAGCGACGAGCCGUCGUUUUGCGCUGGUCAGACGGCGUAGGAGACACAGCAAGGGCUGUUCCAGGACGAGUCCUUUACCUGCUUGAGGAACAACAUCAUUUGGGCCCUAAAUAUGAGCAGUCUAGGCUUGGCGAUUGGAAUCUCAUGUUACGUACUAACAGGACAAAGGUUUCGCCGAGGAAUCUGUUGAAACCAGGUCGCUGGUAUCGGUUCCGUGUUGCUGCUAUUAGUGCAUCUGGUACACGAGGGUUCUCCGAUCCCAGUCCCCCAUUUACACCACGUCGUGGACCCCGUCCUCCUCCUAUGCCGAAGAAAUUGAGAGUCCGACCAAUGAGAAUGGAUAACGGAACGAUGACAGUAAGACUUGAAUGGAAGGAGCCUCGUUCUGAUCUGCCAGUGAUGCGCUACAAGGUGUUUUGGAGUAGACGAGUACGAGGAUUGGGCGGAGAGCUAGAUUCCGUUCUUGUCAAUCAUCAGACAGUUUCAAAGGAUCAAAACCACAUCGAAAUAAAAGAUUUACAACCGAAUUCUAUGUACUUUUUGCAAGUUCAAACGAUCAGUCAAUUUGGUUUGGGUAAAUUGAGAAGCGAUAAGGCAUCUGUAUUUUACAACACGACUGGUUCUGUAGGAAAUGAUUCUGUACCAGAAUCUUUAGUCAGACGUGACAGAUAUAUAAAGGGUUUGAAGUUGAAUAAAAUUGUUUGGAACAAUCAAAGACUGAAAGCGAGAAUUUCAUGGGAAUCGGUGCCUAGUGGAAACAGUGGCGGAAGGUCACAAGAGAGAUAUUACGUCCAUUGGAAAACUAUAAAAUGCAAUAAAACAGAUAAACCCAUGAAAGACUUAGCGGCGACCACAGCGCAAUCUACGUUUGAACUCUAUGAAUUGGAUUACCACUGCAGCUAUAAAGUAAAUGUGAACAGAUCCUGGAAGAAUAAAAUACCAGAAUCAGAGCUCGUAAUAACAAUUCCUAGAUGUCAGUAUUUUAAAAGAAAAGUUAAUGUUACAGCCAUAACGUGUGACUCGUAAUUUCAAAUUUCGUUUUUUUAUUAUAAUAGUAACAUUUAUAAUAUGUAUUAAUAGUACUAAUUCUACUUAAUAACUUUGACAUUAAAUGUAUAGAUAUCAUAGACAAGUUAUUUUGAAACUUAGAUCUAUUUAAAUUGAGUAAAAUUGCAACAAAAUGAGAUUAAGACUGUUUUCGUAACUAAUCAAGUAAAUAAAUGUAUACGGAAUCAUUAUUAUAA